UGGAGUGCGACGGAAGCGACGGGGCAAAUUUGCGGAGUUUGUUGGGAAAUGCGGAGGAGAAUCGGCCCAACUCCACAGUGAAACCCACCUUUCGAAUCAACCUGCGCCAACUUCAGCAAAGACGCCCACAGCUUACCUCCAUCUCUACAAGCUGCAGCUUUUCGCAACCCAGCUAAAAGUCUAGAAGAUGUAAUUAAAGUCACAUUCGUAUGCAACUCCGCAUAUAAAGACCGUAGACACCCUGACGGAAGCCAGCAUUCAUCUGCAACCAGCCUUUUCAUCAAUUUUUCGCUUCCCAGGUCGUUCAUUCCUCAAAUAUUCACCAUGAGUGAUAUCGAACAGCUGAAAAAACUUGAUUUGGGUGCUCCAGAUAUAGUGAAGACAUACCACAAGUCUUCUUACGCCGCCAUAUCACCUCUUCGCCCUGAGUUAUCCCAAGCCGGAAGAACAGUCCUAAUUACUGGAGCAUCCGCUGGGAUAGGAUUUGCCAUCGCUAGGGCAUAUGCCUCGGCCUCAGCCUCCAAAGUGAUCCUCAUAGGUCGCCGUAAAGACGUCGUCCACAAUUCGACUUCCAGGCUGUCAGGCGAGUUCAUAAAUACGAAGUUUGAUGCGCGAGUCUGCGAUGUUGGAAAUGUGGCUGAGUCCGCAGCCCUCUGGUCCGGCCUCCGUGCUGAUGGCGUUUUUGUCGAUGUCCUCGUGCUGAAUGCAGCGAAGUUCGGAGGCCAAGAGUCGAUAUUAAACGCGGGCGUUGAGAAUAUUUGGUUGCAGUAUGAAACCAAUGUGAGGUCGCUCUUACAGUUCACCGAGCAACUGUAUAAGCAAAAAGGUCCCGAGGACAGGCAAAAGGUAUGACCUUGCUCUAAUUUUCCAUUUUUACACACGUGACAUUUUCCCUGCUAGGAAACAUAAUGGCUAAUUACAAGAACAUCCAGCAUCUCGUUUAUGUCUCUACGGCCGCAAUCCAUAGUGAAUCAAUUGCAGCCGCCCUGCCAACCUAUUCUCUCAGCAAAACGUCUGGCCAUCUCGUGUUGCAAAGGAUAGCUGGUGAGGUUGACCGGAAGAAAUUGCAGAUCGUCAGCUUCCAUCCUGGACAGAUCCUCUCUGAGACGAGCAGAAGUGCUGGCCUUGACGAAACCACGCUUCCUUGGGACGAUGGUAAGAGCCCAGCUCCUGACUUAAAUAACUCCCCCGCCCCUCUCUGCACUUUUCAUAAUUUGGCAUGAUGAAAGUUUGGCCGUGACUGACAAUCCUGUACAGAUAAUCUACCUGGGCAUUUCGCUGUCUGGGCGGCGAGUUCCGAAGCUGCAUUUUUACACGGUCGUUUUACCUGGGCAGCUUGGGAUGUGAAUGAGAUGCAGUCUGGAGAAGUCAAGAAGCGCACGGAGACAGAUGCAAAUUUUCUCACUAUCGAUUUUGUAGGGCUAUGAGACUUUUUCAUGCCUCUUACAUCGAGGCGGAUCCCUGUAGAGAGAGGACUUCGAUGUUUGGUGUAGCUAUUUAUACUGAAUAAAUUACAAAUAAUUUCAGAUGUAGUGUGUGUCACGUAGAGCUAAGCUUUGAAGGACUUCGUGGGUGAAUAACGCAGCAGUUACAAAUGAAAGAAUGGGCUCCAGAUACCACACUAGUGUAGCGAGGCGGGCGAAAGCCCGCUUCCACAUACAAAAAGUGCGAAGCACGUUUUGUAUGAAAAGAACGCGCAACUCUACUUAAUAUUUUAAUGCAGUAGCAUUGUGGUACUGUUUUCUGCUCCUCUAUCAAUAUCUAUCUCUAAGACCAAAAUUUAUGAAAGCUCAUGUAGCAAUCUCACGGCAAAUUGAGGCCUGCUGAUACAAGAGUUUACUUCAUCUAAUCUACUUGGCAUUGCCAU